GCGCGCAAAACGAUUGGUUGUUUUGUACCUCGUGACUAGGGACUUUCCCAAUAUGCAAUUUUUCAUGGAGGUGUAAUGGAAAGAACUACGACACGAGCAAAUACUUGGAAUUUUCGAAAACUAUUUGAAACUACACUGUGUGUUUCUGAUCCCCAUCCUUUUCAUGGGGGAGAAUGACGAUUGUGGAUACCAAUAAUGUCAAUAACAACGUCAGUAACAUGAGUAAGAGGGUUAAAACAAAACCAAAAGUAAGAGCAAGUGUAGGGUCUGAGAUGACGCGGAAAAAUGUCGCCGACAAGGAGAGCGCCGACCGCAUUGCUGCAGCGGAGGCUAUGUCAUGUUUGUCUUCAACGCCGUUCAUACUGCCAUCUUCAGAAACAGUCCCCAAGGCUAUGGCGGGCCAGAGUGUAAAACCGGAUCCAUCAAUAAAUAUUGGAAACAACGAAGAAGGAGUGUACACGUCCACGUCUGUUUCUAAGAGGGGAAAAUCCAGAAAUCGUGGACGCGGGGGUAAGCGUUCUCCAUCAAAACAAACCCAUGCAAAUUCUUCACUGGAAAGUAAUAUUGUUGUAAGUCAGAGAAAUGCAGUUGCAUCAGUUACUGAGCUAUCCAAACCUAAAACAGUACCUCCAAGUACAGUUGUCAAGUUAAAAACAAGUACUACAUCAAUAUCACAGGCAUCAUUAAUAGCACAACAGUUAAGCAAUAUUGUUAAGCUGCAAAAAGAAAAGCAAGAGAAUGCUAUGCCAUCACAUUCCAAUAUUAAGUUUUCCCUUCAGCAAAUGUUGGAGUUAAAAAAGGCCCAAGGCCAAGAACAGUCACAAACAUCAAAUAAUGCAGUUCUAAAACUCCCUUUAACUGUGUCCACAAGUGAUUCAAACCAGGCACGAGAACCAAGUAGUCCUAGUUCUAUCAUUAGCAAUGAAAGCAUAGAAUUGCCCCAAACAACUGUUGAUCACAUUUUGAACCAAAAUAAAUAUGACACACCUGAGGCUUCGUUACCGCUGAAGAAGAGGAGGCUACAGACUUACAAAGAUGGGGAGGUACCUCAAAAAGACAGUACAUCCCCCUCGCAGGCAGUGGUGGAUCUGACCACAGAUAAAGAGGACAAAUCUAAAGAACAACAGGGCACUGCAAGGGUGUUGUCAUCUGGGGUGUAUGUGAAUCCACAGACGAGUCUGAUGCUUCUGUCUGAAAUACAGAUGGCGCUUCAUCAGGAUGAAGAUGGUGACUUGCCUUUACAUAUUGCUGUGGCUCAGGAAAACAGUGUAAUGGUCCAAAAAUUUGUUCAUUUAAUGACCAUAUCUGGCAAAAGUGUGGACAAGUAUAACAAGUCACAGCAGACGCCCCUUCACAUUGCGAUUGAGUUACAGUUUGAUCAGGCUGUGUCUGUUCUCCUGAUGGCUGGAGCCAAUCCGUCUUUGGUUAAUAAACAGGGUGACAGCUCCAUACACCUAGCCAUCAAACACAACACCAUCAAUAGUCUGGCACUGAUGCUCAUCAAGAGUCAACACAAGACAGAUAUAAAUGCCAGGAACUUUGAAGGUUUGGCACCCCUUCAUUUGGCUGUCAUAAGGAAUCAGAUAGAAAUGGUGAAAGUCCUUAUAAGGUGUGGUGCUGAUAUAAACAUACAGGAUGGUAAAAGUGGGAGGACUCCAUUGUUCCAUGCUGUGGAGGGGAAUCAGCUAGCAUUAGUGAUGUUGUUCAGACAAUGCAAUGCCAACCUAGAACUGACUAACUAUGCAGGUAUCACUGCUUUAAUGGCUGCCCAGGCCAAAGGUUUCUCCGAAGCUAGCUCUAUUCUAAUGGUGGGACUUGAUCCUAAGGCCAUAAUAGAGCACAAAGAGAAAGAGAAGUUGUUGAUGCCAAAUAAAAAGAUGCCAAUACCUAGGAUACCAAGUAAAGCUCAUCUCAUUGUGAGUGGUAUUCAGAGGGGUGUUAAAAAAGAAAACAAUGAUGGUGAAAAUGAAACCAGUUUAUCGAAUACUGGUGAAGAGACUCAGAAAGAUGCUAAACCUAAGUUAGAAGAGAAAGGAGAUAAUCAGCAAUUGUCUGAAUAUAGUGAAAGAGAACAGAGAAUGAUAAUAGAAAUGAAGAAUGAUACGCCAUCUGUAAAGGCAGUUCCAAUGGAAAUUGAUAAGACAGAAGUUGUGGAGGAUGGAAUAAAACAUAUUCCUCCUCAGUUAACUAUGAACAUUCCCAUUAAAAAGGAAAAACCAAAGCGUAACAAACAGAAGAAGAUGCUUUCAAAAAGUGAAAAUAACCUGGGCAGUGAUCAGCAGACGUCCUCCAUUGUAGUGCAUCUGCCAGACUCGCAGAAAGGGACUGUAGAUUCUGUGGCAGAUACUAAAGUGAUGGUGUCGACUACUGACCCAGUUAGUAAUGCUGUCAGAUCUAUACCUGUUAGUAAUGGUCCAAACAAAUCUGCAGUUACAACGGAGAAUGUGACCAGCAUCAAUGCUAGGACAGCCUCUUUAUUGGCAGCACACCUAAAAAGUGUGAAAAAUUCACUAACUAAACAAAGUUCCUCAUACCCACUUAACCUGUCCUCCAAUGGGAAGGAAGCUGGAAAUUUGGAAAAAUCAGAUAGCAUUGUGUCCAGUGGAUCAUAGCACUUUGUUUAAUAUUUACUUAAUAAUUUUACAUUAAUUAUGUGUUAUUUUUAUGGGAUUUUGCAGAAUUGUGCAUUAUCAGCUUUCUGUGCUGGUUUAUUACUUCCAUGCUGAGAGCUCUGAAUUACUUCCCUUUUUUAAAAUAGUUACAAAUCACCCUGAUUUAUGAAAUUUUUGGAAUCAAAUCAAGAAAUAUAAAAUAAAUGUUAACUGUAAGUGUUAUUAUAUAUAUACAUGUACUUCAGUUAUAUAUUUUUCAAUUAUAAUUGAAACAUCAACUUAAAGCACAUUCACAAUCAAUAUCUUUGUAUGCUUGGGUUUUUUUUUAUGUAAACCCCCUCAAGAAAUGUCUGCAGAAAAAGCAAUUAGAUAUGCAUUUUGGAACUGAUAGACACUAUUUACAGUAUUCACUAUAAUAGAAAAUAAUUCUAAAGCAGAAACUGACUAUCUUUUUAAAAUGCUGUGGAAGAGUUUAUUAGGUAUUAGUUAACAAAAAACAAAACUGAAUAAUUAUUUCAUAAUUGACACAUUUUAUUUUCAAAUUCUGAAAAUGUCUUCAUUUUAUGCUGUGAAAUAUCUUCCAUGAUUGAUGAUUUCAUUACAGAAUCCUGAAGACUGAUAUGUAUACUAGUAUUUUUCUAUUGCUUUUAAUGAUAGAUUAUGUAUAUAGGUUGUAGCUUCUAAUGGGCAUUACUGGUCAAAAUAAACCUCACAGGCUUCAGAUUUUAUGUGUAUUUCUUCCUUUCUAUAGACAUGCAUUUAGCUAGAAUAACAUGGUGUAUAAAAUAUAGAUUAUCAUUUCAAAAACAAGAUUUGGCUUUUAUAAUACUGCCAGUGUUUGUAUGAAAAUUGCAUUGUAAAAUGUUUUGUAUAGUCAGUGGUUUUUUUCAUGUGUACAAAUGUUACAUGUUCAAUCAGUCUCACUAUUAAAUUAUGUUGCAUUCUA